AUGGACAAGCUCCUCAACGUCGGAAAGGACAUGCUCCAGCAGCGGCUGUCUGGCCAGGGGCAGGGCCAAGAUCAGGGCGGCGGCAACAACCACGACAACAGCGGCAGCGGAAGCGGCAGCGGCAGCGGCAGCGGAGGAUUCCAAAAUGACAUCCUCAGGAUGGCGCAGCAGCACGCGUCCAGCAACGCCGGCAGCUCCGGCAGCAGCGAUUUGUUCUCCAACAUUAUGAGCGCCGUCGGGAACAAGCAGCAGAAGAUUCAAAGCGAGGACAUUGACGAACAAGAUGCCAUCAAGCAGCACAAGCAUGCCUACGACAACGACGGCAAGGGCGACUCCAGCUCGCUCGGGACCGCCGCCGCCAUUCAGGCCCUCAAGAAAUUCAACCAGUCCGACAACAGCGCCAGCUCAAAGACGGGACAGGCUGCGUUCCUGGGCAUGGCCAUGUCCGAGGCUAGCAAGCUCUUCGACUCCAAGGCUUCGCAGGGAAAAGUUGCGGACGGAGCUAGCAAGGAGAGUGCCGUCCAGCAGGCCGCCGAGAUGGCCAUGAAGAUGUACUUCAAGAGCCAGGCCGAAUCGCAGGGCGGGCUGGCCGGGCUGGCCUCCAAGUUCAUCAAGUAG